AUGUCGCUCAUUAACAUGAAAGCCUACCGCUCCUUUAUGCUAUUAGUUCUGGCUACGGUUGCCAAUGCUCAGUCUGCACCGGACUUUCCUGUACAAGUGUCGACGAAUUUGCGGGUCGACUUCCAGAGUUCCUCUACCAGUGUCAAUCCGGCAGGUGUGCUUAUAUCCCGUGAUGACGUCCUCGCGGCUCCUACGGUGGACGGACCGAAGGAUUCAUCCUCAACGCGGGAUUUCAUGAUCUUCAUGAUCGACCAGGAUGCCGCCUCUUCGGACGAUGCCAACACACGCGUACAGUUUCUCCAAUGGUAUCAACCCAAUCUAGGCGGAGCAUCAGAAGUGCUGUCCGACUUCGGGAGCGACGCCCAGAACUUUACCUCCGCCCCCGCCGUGUCAUAUAUGCCGCCAACGCCGCCGGCCGGGGACAAGGCACAUCGGUACACGCUGCUGCUAUACCCGCAGCCCGAGAAUUUUGACAUCCCGUCGUCUUUCGAGUCGUUCUUUGAUUCCACGGAUUCGGACGCCAGGCUCGGCUUCGAUAUGGCUGGGUUAGCUGCCGCUGCUGGGAUCGGUCAACCCGUCGCAGCGAACUGGUUCGAGGUCCAGAACACUUCGCAGCCGCCGCCAAGCAGCACAACCUCGACGUCGACCACGUCCACAACCUCGACCACUACUUCCACUUCGACAUCAUCAUCGUCAUCAACGACAACUUCCGAAACCACAUUUAUGACAUCUUCCAUCCCCAGCUCUAGCUCUAGCUCUACGCAGACGUUUGUAUCAAAUACUACUAUGACUGUCGCCACUGUAACGGCGUCGGCCACUGCGAGCGAUUCGACCAGCGAAACCCCCGCCGGACCAUCAACCAUAACGACCGUGACAACGGCAGGUCUACCUACCACGACCGCCCCGCCGAGCACCGUCGCCAGCUCACAGCCGAGUGCCAGUGCGAGCGUCAGUCUAGGCAGCGGCUCUGGGGCGGGCAUAAUCGAUGCGCGUGACAACAUGUGCCGCCUGGUGGUAGCGGUGGUGUUUGGCGUCGCUGGUGCCGGGCUGUGGCUGCUGUAA